CCCUCUGGCGUGAGGCUUUCUCCCGAAGUCUACCCUGCAAGUUUUGUGUUUUUGUUUUUGGGGUUUUCUUCAUUCACCCUCUAGAACAAAGUGUGCUUCCUGUGCGUCCGAGCCAACGCCAUAUGGUAGGUCCGAGGGAUUAGGGCCCGGCCCCCCCCCCUCCCCAUUUCUGCCUUAUAAAGUCGAGUUUUUCCGCGUGCGCGUUUCCAACGCACCCUUCCAGCCAUCAUGAGGACCACCGAGGAGGCGGAGGGCUUUGAUGGCGAGGCCUCCAACACCUCCAUGAUCUCCGGGGCCAGCAGCCCCUACCAGCCCACCACGGAGCCCGUCCACUCGCGGAACGUUUUGGGGGGGAUCUGGUGCGACACCAAGUACCUGAAAUCCCACUUCGGGGUUUUAAAGGUGGUGGAGGUGGUUUUGUCCCUCAUUGCAUUUAUCUGCAUAGAGACCAUCAUGAUGUGCUCCCCCUGUGGAGGGGUCUACUUCUUCGAGUUUGUCAGCUGCAGUGCCUAUGUCGUGACAGGGGGCCUGCUCCUCGUCUUCAGCCUCAACCUGCACGCCAAGUUGCCCCUCGUCAACUGGAACCUCACGGACCUGGUUAACACCGUUGUCAGCACCGUCUUCUUCUUCUUGUGUUCUCUGGUGCUGGCCUGUAUCAACCACAACACCGGAUCAGAAAUCGCAGCGGUGAUCUUCGGCUUCCUGGUGACAUGUGUCUACGGCCUGAACACCUUCCUGGCGGUGCGGAAGUGGCGCCUUGGCAACGGGAGCCAGGGAGUAGCUCAGACCAGCGAGUACAUGAGAGCCCGCACGGCAUCGCGCGGGGAAAUGGAGGCCCGGCCCGAGCUCGCGUGAAGACCGACCGGGCAGACGGAGGAGAACCGAGAUGGUGAGAGUUUCUUACCCUCCGAGAAUGGCAGAAGCUGAGAGUAACGCCACUCUGCCGUCAGGGUGGCGUUGGAUUUUAUUCCAGGGUAGAAGGCCCAGCUGUAGUGUCCUGUUUAGAUGGGGCCCUCCAGCAGACACGACAACACGAUGACACUUUAACACACCCUUUAACUUCCCCUCCAUUGGCUCCGUCUAUUCGCUGAACUUUUUAUCACGCACUACGCUUGAUGCGGUGCAGAAAUGAAACCGAGUUAAGACGAGGCGAGACUGAGGAUAUCCACCAAGAAGGUUUCGUUCAGCAGAACUUCUACUUUAGAUCGGUGUGAAGGAGGACCCCCGCAGGGGGCCAGAGAGAGAGAGACUGAUUCCACACAUUUCUGCUGAAGCAGGCGUCGGUUUUCUCUGACGCGUCUUCUUACAAAGUUGCGUGCUCAACUGUGAAUGGGAAGAGAGUCGGUGAAGGUCAAGUAUCCCAUGACGUGCAUGUGUGAAGACUCUUGUCUCCGUGACGAUGGCCGACAUCCCGUCUGGUGCUUCGGUACCAGGCGUGUGCAGCGUACUACGACUCCGUGUACCAGAGCAACCUUGCAUAUGGGGACCCACUGGGCUGCUGACUGGACCUGCAGCACAUGACUCCUGACUACCUGAGGUACCACCUUGUUUCCCGUCUGUCCAGGAUACACAUCAGCCUACGGCUAUGACAUGUAGGGCUGGGCUACGAUGUGUAGGGCUGGGCUACGACAUGUAGGACUGGGCUACGAUGUGUAGGGCUGGGCUACAACAUGUAGGACUGGGCUACGACAUGUAGGACUGGGCUACGACGUGUAGGACUGGCUCUUAAGAUGUUUCCAGGAUUCGAUGUGUUGCUGCAAAUAGUUUUUUCCCCCCUUUUGCCCUAACUAAUUUUUACGAAUGCCUUUUAACUUGACUCAUAGCCGCUGUAAAAUCCUUCGCUGCCGGCAAUUAUACAUGCACAGGGUCUGUCCGACUGCAAUAAGCGAAGGUAGAAACAGCAAUUGGUUAACUAUGGAAAAAAAAAAAGAGGAAUAUAUUUUUCUAAGAGGAUAUCGUUGCAGGUUUGACGACAUUGAGACCAACUUAUGAAUCAGCGGCCUUCAGGAUGUCAGGAAAUCAGUCGUGGGAGGAUCAGUUGAUCCGUAUAGCUGCCCUCAGAGUUCAUUAAAACACACAUGCACACAUGCAAGUUUCUCUUAAUAACGCAUUAAGAGACAUGGUCUAAGCUGCUCCUCUUCGUUCUCUCGGUCACACUCACAGUGCAGAAUCUGAACUCGGGUGGGGUAAAUGUUAAACGUUUUGUUUGAUGACGCGCAGGUUUCUAGUGGCGUGGUGGCUUCAUGGUCAGCGUUGUUUGCAAGAGGGUUCUGGGUUCAGUCCCAGCACCUUGUGUGUGUGUUCUCCUCAUGAUCACGUGACUUUCUCCUGGGUACUGAGAUUCCUUCCCACGAUCCAAUGACAUGCAUGUUCGAUGAAUUGAAGACUCACAAAUUGCGCAAUGGGGUAUAUGGUGGGUGUGUGUGCAUGCAUGCAUGCAUUUGUGCAUGCAUGCAUGUGCAUGUGUGUGUGUGUGAAGGCACUGUCAUGGACUGAUGAUCUGUCCAGGGUGACUCCCUGUCUUCUCCCAAACGCCUGCUUGGACGGACUCCAGCCCACCACCACCCCGACUUGGAUUAAGUGGAUGUAGAAAGACGGAUGGAUGAAUGUCACUGUUGUACAUAUCUACGAGUGGUACGAAGUUGUGGUACAUUUGGAAACAAGUCAAAGGUGACCUGGUCAAAAACAGUGCCCUAUAUAUAAGCCUAUAUAUAUUUCUCAGGUAUUGACCAACUUUUAAUUCCAAUGUUGCUUUUCCAAAACCAGUCCACAGUGAAGUCGUGGGAUGCCUGACCCUGAAAAACUGUAUUUGCUCGACGACGUCGCCCUCCCGAUCAUGGUUAUGUUCGAACCGUCACACAGAAGGAAGACGUGUGGGCGGACGAUCUCGAGGUUAAAAGUAGAUCGACGUAAACGUGGGGGGUGGGAAUGCGGCGAAGAGAGGCGUCGGAGCUCCUCCUCUGUAUCUUAUCGAUUAAAACCAGAAAUGUCUGUGUAUAUAUCCAUCACAUAUGUCGUAUUACUCAGUCCCUAUCGAUCCACAAUGCAGCUGUUAUACGCGCCUUCUGAUCUCCUGAGUACACUACUGGUUCUCUUACCAUUCCUCUUUCCUUCCUUUCAUGCCAUCAUACCAUCAUAUUUUCCAUUCAGCCACUGUAUCUAACAUAAAGAAGUGAUGCUUAAGCUAGAAACAAGAAGUUAUCAUACACGCCUGUGUCUUGGUAGGUUGAAGGAAAAAAAUGUUGACCUUGAUUUUUUUUUUUAAUGUCUUACAUUGUGCUAAUAUAUUGUAUUUACAGUAUAAUAUCAUUCCAAGAGCGUGCUUUAUAUAUUGUUGAAGACCUUUGUUGUGUGUAUAUGUGGCUUAUGGUGAAGGUUGUACAGGCUUUAAAUGGACUGUGGAGCACCAGCUGUGUUAAAUAUAUAUUUUGAGUGACAAUAAUGGAUCGAGUUCAAGGCCUUGUGUCAGAUUCUUUGUACGCGAGGGAACUUAACAGAUUUUCUGUAAUGCAAUAUAUUGAAUUUUUAAUGGUAACUUUAUAUAGUGGUUUACAGACCUGGGCAGGAAUGCAUUUGAACACGGGCUUCGUUUUAAACACGUUGACGGGGUUGAGCUACUCUUGCAAGACGCCCGAACUGCCUCAAACUGGAUGUUUAUUUGCAUGACAAAUUGGGCACUACUUUGCACUGUCACCCAUGAUUUAAGCCAUGAAACACGAGGCGGUGCACUGGUCUGCACGAUGGAUGUAAAGCCGGUUCCACACUGGACGAGUUCCAGUUCCAUUGUAACGAAUUGGGGCAGUUUUCUUUAGUCUCCCUCUUUAUGAAAUACACAAUAUCCUACACUGUUGUAUCAUCUGCAAUCAGCUGGGCAUAAAGGUUUUUAUUAAUUUUGUAAUCAAAAUUAUAAUUAUGGGCGUCCGGGUGGCGUAGCGGUCUAUUCCGUUGCCUACCAACAUGGGGAUCGCCGGUUCGAAUCCCCGUGUUACCCCCGGCUUGGUCGGGCGCCCCUACGGACACAAUUGGCCGUGUCUGCAGGUGAGAAGCCGGAUGUGAGUACUUAUGUCCUGGUCGCUGCACUAGUGCCCCCUCUGGUCGGUCGGGGUGCCUGCUUGGGGGUGGGGGAAUAGCGUGAUCCUCCCACGCGCUACGUCCCCCUGGUGAAACUCCUCACUGUCAGGUGAAAAGAAGCGGCUGGCGACUCCACAUGUAUCAUGUAUCAGAGGAGGCAUGUGGUAGUCUGCAGCGCCCCCCCCCCGGAUCGGCAGAGGGGGUGGAGCGGCUCGGAAGAGUGGAGUAAUUGGCCAAGUACAAUUGGGGAGAAAAAGGGGGGAAAAAAACACAAACAAAAUGAUAAUAAUUAUAUAGAUAGGUUUUAUGCAAUCAUUAAUACUCAUCAUCAACAAAAAAAAAUAUGGCAGCGAAUUCAGGGGGGCAGUCGAGAGAACCGCCACAGCCGGGACGCGAACUCGUGUACUCCGUACCGCGGCCGACAACGUUAACCAGUCGACCAAAGGUUCCAACCCGUUAGCUAAGAGCUAACGUGUCUACUUACUUUGCACUUUACAAUAUUGUUUUAUAAAGUAUCGCAAAGUUGUAGGAAAGGUGUUUUGAGAUCCUUGAAUAUAUUCUGGGGGGAUAUUCCAGGACCUCCAGACCCCCCCCCCGUCAUAUUCGUCCCCCUCAGCCCCCCCCCCCCAGUGUUGAGUUCACGUUUACGGCCUUGAACUAAAACAUGUUCAAAUGCCACUUUGCCCAGGUCUGGUGACUGAAAUCCAACUUCGAUCGGACAAUCAGACAUUUAUCUUGGCUUCCGUCUUCUCGUGACAUGGAUGAAUUUUAACCGUCAUUGCAAAGUAGCUGCAGUUUGUGCAGCGGCGGCGGCAGCAGCAGCUUAUCUUAUCUUACAGAGAAAUCACGCCAGCGCAUUUACGACAUUUGCCGUUUCCUCCAAAUGAAGUGGCUUUCUACGUGACCGCUACACUUACUAAACACGUUGUCGUGCUGUAACACAACUAGCAAGUCCACAUCCCUCUCCACGCAGACCCUUCUGCUUCUUGUUAUAGGGUGCCUGCGUCUAUGAGGCAACCGGAAGUAUCCACCACUAAUACCCAUCCUGUGCUACGCUCGUGUAUGGUUUCCCUACUGUCUGGGUUGAAAUGGUUUCUUUCUUAAUCGCGCGCGCGCGCGCGCGCUCUGUUAACCAUUACAAGGUUUUUCUUGUGCAGCGUGACGCCGUACCUAACUGUAUUUUUGUAUUUAAAACGGUUUCUAUGGAUGCCGCAUCCAUAUGGUUUAUCGGUCGAUCGGUUUAUCAAUAUAGUGGCGAUUUAAAUAAACUGAUUUGAGCAUUACUGAAAGUGUCUUCUCCUUUUUUUUUAUUAUUAUUAUUAUUCAGAUAUUGUUCAGACAAUGGUUGAACAGGUCGGGGCUUCCCUGAAACUGUCACAUUAUGAUCCAACAGCAUUAUGACGCAACUCCACCUGUAGCAUCCUGACCCAAAGUGACUGCGACCACGCGGUGCCGUGUGUGGAUAACUCG